CAUACACACACUAGCUUGGCACAUAUUACAGAAUACUCCGUCUGUACAACAAACGUUGCUACGCAAGCCCACUAUCAGCUCACUCAGGACACAUAAAUGGCCGGCCCCUCAACUUUGUCAGUGCCUCCAUUUCUUCUCAUGACCGCCUGCCAUUUGUGGCUCGAGGAAACCGCGGAACGACCAGUCACUGGCCACCCACCGAGCGCCAUACCCUUCACGUGUGCGCACCUGGCCACCCACCCACCCACACACACACGCGUCGCGGACAUGAUGGCACUGGCCUUGAAGUACGAGAGUCGCUUGCUCACCUCCAGAAUUGCCACGUAUUCCUCUUUGCUACCAUCCGGAAGCCCAUGAACAUUGACCCACGUCCGAUCAGCCAGUAUGCUCUCCACACGAUGACGCGCCUUGGCGUUUUUCUCUGCUUCAGAGCCACUGUUAACACCCCACCAUCCGUCAGAAGCCCGCCCGGCAUGCUUGGUCCACGCACGACCCCCGACCGUCAGCUGGUGUCCCUUCGGCUCACUGGGGUGAAAGGGCGCAUCAAAUGCAUCGAGCAGGACGGGAAUAGAAGGCGGCACCACAUCGACGGAUCCUUCAGUCGUUCUUAUCCCAACCAGCGUCAUAACGCCACGAAUCCCGAUCCUUCCAAGAAGCUCCUGCGCCUUCAGCCCAGAGGGGGCGUCACAUAGGUCUCCCACCAGGGGCUGCAGCGGGAUGAGUCGUCCGAUCUGCUCUGCAGUGCUCUCGGCGAAAUCCUCAGGCUGCAUCAUGGACCCGAACGAAACAGGAAAUCGCUGAGGCGCGGCAUGCCAUCUCUCGAGGGCAGCUGCAAGCGCCUGAGCUCCCCAUGGAUGGCUGUCGGCCGUGCCAUCAAUAAAAUGCCGCCAUUGCGGGUCGGGGAAGAUGACCUUGGCCCCCAGCAUAACCGCCUGAAGUAGAGGGCCGGACGAGCUGCUGCAGAAAGCUCCAGGAGGGCCGGAUGGUCCCUGUGCAGGACGUGCAUGGCGGCUGAGAAGAAGGCCCAUGGACACGAGGACGCACAAG